CUCCCCAUUGACAUGCGCCAAGAAUCAAAAUAAACGCCAUCUAAAAAUUUUCAUGGCUCUGUGCAGGAUAAUUCAAUGAUAAACCCUUGAGGCAAAAUGACGACGUUUGCCGAUCACUUUUGGGGUCCAAAAAACAAUGGAUAUUUUGCACUGUAUCAUAACAUGAAACAUGGACAGACAUCAACUAAAGAACUUAUUGACUUUCUCAGAGAAAGUUGUACAGUUGAGGAAAAUUAUAGCAAGCUACUUAGUAAAUUGGCUAAAUUAGCUGCCAACACACCACCAGUAGGAACUUUUGGUCCAUUUUGGAAUAUCUUAAAAUCCUUGAUUGAGAAAUUAUCAACUGUACAAAUGCAACUGGUACACACAUGGUCAGACCUUAUCAAGGAUAUGAUUCGUUACAGUGAGGAACAGCACAAACGUCAUAAAACGAUAAAAGAAAAUGAACAGGCUACACUUGAUUCUGUACAGACAAUUCAACAGACUACCACAGCAUUGCACAAGGCGAGAGAGAUCUACCACACACGAUGUUUGGAGAUGGAACGGUUGAAAAGAGAUAAUGCCUCUCAAAGAGAUAUAGAAAAGGCAGAAGUCAAAUACAAGAAAGCUAUGGAAGAAUAUAAAAGUUAUAUUGAAAAAUAUAAGGAGGUCAGAAAUGUUUUUGAAGAGAAAAUGGUUGGGUCAUGUCAUCAUUAUCAAGAACUGGAAGAAGAGCACAUAUGUCAGAUGAAGGACUUUAUAGACACUUUUGCCAAAUCUUGGGAGAAUGAGCAUGCAGUACUUGGACAGGUACAUAAGGAAUUUAAGCAAAACUGUGAUGAAAUGACAGUACAGAAACUAAUAUCUACAUUCGUAGAGAAAAAAGGAACUGGUAAUGAAAAGCCAGGUCCAAUGGAGUUUGUAGAGCCAGAUCUCUCCUCACUUCUAGUCAACAGACCCAUGUCUCCUGAGUUAAAUGGGGACAAGAGGGAUAGCGUAGUGGAAAAACAAAAACAAGAUGCAGUGUCAGUAACCCCAACCUUGACGUUCAGUGAGGCCAGUGGAACCCCAAGCCCUGUUUUGUCUGACCAGCCAGGGCCCCUGAGCCGCAGCGUCAAGCUCCGUGUCUCUCGUACAUGGUUUUUGAAAAACAAAACCAAGCGAAAGGAAAAGAAAAAGAAAAAUAGCAAGAAAGACAAAGACGAAAAAGAUGGUGAAUCCAUAGAGGCAGAUAAUCAAGAUCCAAACAUUGAAGUGGAUGAAGAAGGCUACAGAAUACGACCAGAACACCCCAUGGACAACAAUGGAGACAAAAACAGUUGGUAUUCCAGCGAUAGCGAUUCAGAUUCAGAGGAAGAGAGCAGGAGAAAAAUUAAAGUUGAAAUCAGACCACUGAGUCCCACCAGUGGACCCUCCAGUACAGUGGAAGACAUCAGAGCAUCUGUUGAAGGACUGAGACUUUCACCUUCAGCCAUGAGGAAACGAAGUCAAACACCUAUUGAUAAAAAAAUGAAAAGGUCACAGUCAGAGUCGGACACACUAGACAAACCUGGCAACCAAGAUUUGCUAAAUUUGGAUUUCUUUGGUUCCAACUCGGCCGCCUCGACACCCACUGGAGUCAACUACAAUGUGACCCUUCCCUCUCCACUCUCACCGCAGACAGAAAUCAACUGGAACAGUACAAAUAGUAGUGCAGCUACAACCCCUUCAGCAAGAUUAAAUGCUCUUCUCUGUAAGAGAGUAGAAAAAAAUUUUGCUGAUUUUGCAAAUCAGAACAACGGAAAGCAGCCUACAUCCACAAUCCUUAGUCCCACUUCACCAUUGAGUGGCCUCCCUCCGCCAGUAGCCAGGCCACCUUCUAGAACCAGAGGCCUGAUUUCUCAGCCCAAAUUAAAUGGUCCACUUCCAAUGAGUAGAUCAGAUAGUAAUGGCAGUAUGACCUUCAACACUACCUCAAUGCCUAUUGGCUCGUCCAGAGGUCCUAGCCCUCUCACCAUUGGCAUGUCUGAUUCGGUUCCAUUGGCAGUGGCAUUUACAGAAACCGUAAAUGCUUACUUUAAAGGCCAUGAUGCCAAAAAGUGUGUUGUCCGCACGAUGGGCAAUGUUAUGAUGUCUUUCCCUGCCGGUGUUGUCAAAGUGUUCACAGAAAAUCCAUCCCCAGCCCUGCUUUCUUUUCGCAUCAAGAAUGCAGACAAGUGGGAACAAGUUAUCACAAAUUCUUCAAUUCUAUCCAAGGAUGAAGCACAGAGCACUCCAGAUGUUCAUACAUAUGAGUUUAGUAUGUCAAACUUAAUUGAUCAUUUAAGGCAGCAAGGCGAACAGAACAAAUCAGCGUCAUACUUCAAUAUUGAUAUCCUUAAAUAUCAGGUCAAAGCCUUACCUGGAGUAGAAAGCACCCCUUUACCCCUGGUGGUGUACUGGAAGUGUGAAGAAAGUGCCACAGAGUUUCGACUAGACUACAGAUACAAUCCCUCUGCCAUGUCGUCAGCAGUGACACUGAAAAAUGUCAAUGUGGCCGUCCCUGUGGAUGGGGAUGUUCUCAAGAUGCACAGUAUCCCCAACGGCACAUGGGACGCCGUAGCUAAAAGAGCCAGCUGGAAGCUGAAUGACAUCUCUGAGGUGAGUGAGCAGGAGUCCCAGGGCAGCAUCCGAGCCAAGUUUGAGCUGGGGAAAGGGCCAACAAAACCUGUCACCACAGCCAUGCAGUUUGCAGCAGAAGGAGCCACGUUAUCUGGCUCAGAAUUUGAACUGGCAGGUCCAGGCUACAGGAUAUCACUGAUGAAGAAAAGAUUUGCAACUGGCAAAUAUUAUGUUGAUCCAGAGCCAACAGUGAGCUAUGUAUGACAGCAGUCAUUGUGAUGGGCAAUUUGUAGCCGUGCAGUGUAUGUUGAUACAGUUUGAACCACUUCACAUGAUUUGUUCAACAAAACUACCAUAAUUUGGUAAAAAAUAUACCGGGAUUCUUGCAGUAGCCUAGUUUUUACAUUAGAGGUUUAAAACAACACACCUUAGAGAUGCAUCCUUCAAAUUAAAAAUUGUAAUAUAAUUUGAUUACCAUGUUUAUCGUUAUGGAUCCCAGUGUUCAGCGGCUGUGCAAAUAAAACAAAUUCUCUUACCUUGGUUUGUAUUUAUGGUGACUGUAAAGCUGAAAAUAAUGACAUACUAUGUUAAUAUUGCCUGCAUGCAUUUGUAUAGGUUGAUGUUGCUGUUAGAAAUAUGUUUUUUCUUCUAGUUAACCUACCUAAGUAGACAUUGCAAGUAUACUUCCUUCAGCUGUAUCUAUUGUUACGACUUUUAAAAUAACUUUAGCACUGUUUUGACCAGUCUUUUUAUAUAUCUGUAUUUUGAUUAAUCAAACUUGUAUACAAAUUUAAAAAAAAUCAAAUGCAGCAUUAAGAUUUGUAAUUAUUACAGUGUUUAGGAUAGAAAGUAAUAAUUUUAAAUUAAAACUUACGUAAAGAAUUGGGAGCGAAAAUUUCUAAAUACCUAUUAAAUUUAUGAUAGUGUUGAUUAAUUACAUAUGACUUUUAAUCUAUUAAGGAGCAGAAAAGUUCAGCUUUUCCAUGUACUAUUUAAAAUUUUUUUACUAAAGGGUAUCUUACAUAGCAACUAAAUUUUCUUUCAACAUUAGAUGGAGUUAUAUCCUCACCUCAAGGCAGCAACAUCAUUAAUACGAUUAGGAAAAUAAGUUUUUUAAACAAUUUCCAACAAAUUGCUGUAGAUUAUAAAUUAUUUACUGACAGAUUUUGGAAAGCAACAACAUAUGCUAGAAAUUAUGAAUGGUUUAAUCAAUCAAAUAAGUUCAUAAAAUUAUUUUUUUAAUAAAUCCAUGUUUCUUACUGAACCAAAUGCCAAAUUAGUUAUUUCACUUUUUUAAGUUAAAACUUCUGUAGUUUUUUUUUUCUAAACAAAAAUAUUUAGAUUGUUCUUGGCAAGGUUAUUUGUAGACAAGCAAAAAACAAAAUACCAGAUUAAAAAAAAUUUGAAACUUUAAGAAAGCACUAUCAGUAGCCAACUUGCAAAUUUUGAUAUCGCUUUAUUUUCUUGUGAAUACGUUUUACAUAAAUUUCAAGUUUACUAAUGAAUGUUAGUAAAUGGACAAAGCCAAAAACAAAUCAAGUGUAACAGUUAAUUUGCACAUCACAAUUUCAUUUAUUUUUUAAAGUGAUUCAUUUAGAAGUAUAUUUAUAUAACUUUUUCUCUCAAUAAUAUUAUAUAGCUGUUAAUUUUAAAGAUACUCCUUUUGUUAUCAAGUUUUAUAAACCUCUGUUUAUAUUCAGUUUUAAAUCCUAUUAUUAACAUGAAAAAUAUUUUAAUUCACUUUUUAUUUUAACCUUUUAUGCCCUCCUUCUCUUGUAUAUUAUAUUGUACAGCUAAAGAAAAUAUUUUAAAGUCCAUUGUUUUCUAUGUACAAACAUAGAUGAUUUCUUUUAUUCUUGAGAAAGAUUCAUACCACUAAUUUUGCUAUCAUUCCUUGAUGUGUAGCCAAGUUGUUGAUUGAAACUUCUCUCUAUGCAGUAUGUGUAAAAAUAUAUGGGAUACUUAUUUUUUAUGUUAUCCCUGGCUAUAUCAUUGUAUUGAUAUUUUGUAUUUUAGAACAGCAAUAUGUUGCCUUGUUGACCUUACCAGUAGGGAGAAAAGUUCGGGUAGGUAAUCAGUGGAAAGGCAUGAACUGAUUGUAUGGUCUCACAGCAUGAAAGGAUACAUCAAGUCACACUUAGUUUCUGUGAAGCAUUUGGUUUUACAGGCAACAACUCUCUCUGUUAUUCAGUCAACACAAUUACUUAAUAUAUAAAAAUGAUCCUAGUAUGUAAAAUCAUUUUGAGUUGCAUGCCGUAGUGGUGUGCUGUUAAUGGACUAGGUUGGUGAAACUAAGGCAUUAUCCAUUAUUGAUAUCUUGCAAUUUAAAUGAACUCAAAUUAUUCAAAUUCCCCUAAAGAAAUGCAUUUUUUUUCACCCUGUAGGCUAGUGUUAUCAUUAAUGAACGAGCUCUAAUCUAAAUUUUUAUUUUAAAAUUAUCUUUACUGUAGAUGUGCAGCAUUGGCUAUUUUUAUUGAUGCCAUUAACAUGCAAUAAACCUAUUUUAAUCAAUUUGGUUCCUGUCUAUGUCAGUAGAAAACUGCUUCACCUUCAUGUGGUCUUGAUGGCACUUCAUGUUGUUUAGCUUGUUUAAUAAUUAGUAUAUUGUGUUUCAGUAGGCUACUCCUUAAAACAAUUAUUUAGUAUUUAUUUUAGAAUCGAAAUAACCUUGUUAGUACUGUUAACAAUUAUUGCAUUUAUCAGUUAUAAAGAAUUACUAGCCUUUUCUGGUAAGAUAAACUUCUCUAGUAUAAGUUGUAAUAUCCUUGUUAAUUUUUUGCUAUACUUAUCUUGUUUUAGAGUGCUGUAAUUUAACUUUUUUCUUUAGCUUAUUCAAAAUAUAAUUGGUUCCAAUGUUUCCAAUCACAGCACAUCAUUUAAGUUUUUUUCAAAUUUAUCUCCUAAAAAGUAAAAGGUACAAAUUUAGGAGACUAUACAAGCCAAAAAUAAUACCUGUAAAAUUAUUGACGAUCUAGACUGAACUAUUUUUUUGUUUGGUGACAUCAGAUUUUAACCAUUAGGCCUGUUUUAUGUGUACAUAAUUUUUUGGUCUUUUGAAAAGACCUUGACAUAUCCCAUUGUAGAAUUGUGUGCGCUUUCCUCCCCCCUUGAUCUUACUCAAUUAUUGUUCCACAUGUAUUUCACCUGCAGUUAUUUAAACAGAUAAGCUGGUUACUUAUGAAUCCAUGACUUGAUGCAAGUUUACCGGAGCUGAGAUUUUUCUCUGGCUUUGGAUGGGUUCAGACAUUCCAUUGUAACCAGUCCACAACAUAUUCAGUGUAAAAAAAUACAACAAAAUAUAUGUAUCUAAAUAUUGUAGAUAUAAUUAGCAUGCUGUGUUUACUGUGGUUUUUUUUUGGUUUGAACAUAAGAAUGCACAAUUGUUUGUAGAUUUUUAUCCCGAUUUUUUUCAUCUAAUGAAAUGAAAUAUAAAAUAAGGAAUGGAACAAAGUGGAUUAUAUUGUUGUGUUAGAUGAAAUAUGCUGUGAUAAGUAGGUCUGUUAGUCUCAAUUUCCUAGAACCCAUCAACCAAGUAGUUUUCAAUCUUUUAAAAAUGAUUAUUUCUAUUGGUAUUAUUUUGUUUGCUGAUAAAUUUAAAAAAAAAUUGGUCUUUUUUGCCCAGUUGAAACAAGAGAAUAGCAAACUCAUGGAAAGAAAAUUCUAAUUUUUUUUUUUGCAGGACAGUUUAAUUUUUACCUUGUAAAAAUUCACUUUUUUGUGUGUAGAAAUUUGGAUGUUAUUGUAACUUAAAAAAAAUAAAUAACGUUUGUUGCUUUAUUUACUUUCAGUACUGAAUAGUUUACGGCCAUGUAAAGCUUUCUUGUGUUGAUGCAUAGUAACUUUGAAUGAAUUCUCAAAAUGUGACCAAGCUGUUAAUACUGUGUUUUAAAAAAAUUGUGUUGGUUUAUUAAAAAAUGUUGUGUGAUGAAUGGCCAUGUAAACUUGCACAUGUGCAUGUUGGUAUUGUAUUGUAGAAGCAGACUAAACUAUUGUAAAAAUGUGAUGUUACACACAACGCAUUCAUUGAUAAUUUGUAUCUUUUGCCCAAUAGUGCCUCAAAUCAGCCUCUAUCAGGUAUUAGUACUGGUACACACCAUUUGGACCAGCACACACAAGCUGUACUGGUGCACAACAAAAUGUGCUGCUCAGUCUGGUGGCAUCUGAAUAUAAACUGACCACCCAACUAUUUUGGCAUGAAUAUAAUGCUUCAAUGUUUAGUGACCUUUUUUAAAAAUACACACCAAUUCUAUGUUGGGGUGAGCUAGAAAUUUUUUUUAGCUUCACUAAAUUUAUGUGUGUUUGAAUACUUGUACGAAAGAAUGGUACAUUUUUUUUCAGUGAGGUGUAAUUAUCAAAACAGAUUCUUCUUAUAUUUUAUGUGCAGUCAUGUAUGUGUAGUUUAGUAUCUAAAAGUGCAAUACUGGUGUUGUUAACGAAUUUUACAAUUUUUUUUGCAUUGGCCCAAUCCUAGAAGGUAACCAGUUAAAAUAGUAGAAUCUACAUGAAUAAUAUACAGCUCUUAUUUCUAUGUAUUACCUACCAGAGCUUUUUAACUGUGAAGGAAUUUUAUCUGAACUAUCUUUGGUGUACAGUUCUACUCCUAGAUUUAAUAUUGGAGGCUUAGUCUUUUUGCUUUGCCUUGUUUGAAAGAAAUAAAAAUUGCUAGCUUCUGAUUUUGUGCCUCUAUUAGAAAUGGUCUUCCAAAACAUGUUUUUGUUAGUCAAGAUAAGGCAGUAAAAAUAAAAAACGAGUUUGUCUGGAAGUGACAGUUUGAUUUAUGUUGACAGAAAUUUUUCUUACAAUAGCCAAGAGAGACUUUAAUAUAAUCAAGGGAAGUGUAAAAAUAACAGUGGUCCUUCCGAAUGUGAACGACAUGCAUACUUGUUUAUUAUUUUAAUUAUAAUGGGCAUGCCAUUCCUCAUGGGCCUUUGUGUGUGAUGCUUGUUUUUGUCUUUAUGUUUAUGUUACAUGCACCUUCAUUUUUUGGUCAAAUGAUGAACAUUAUAUGUUAAAGAAUUUUUUUUAGAUCAAUGUUCUUUUAAGAAUGAUGUAAAACAAAUUUGAAUUGAUAUAGAUAGACCAAAAUCAUAUCAGAUAAAUAUAUGCACUGGAAAAUUAUCUUGUCUUAUUUUGAACUAGCUACAACUGUUUUUGGUUUAGCCACUGCUCCUCUUUCUACUUAAUACAAGUCAUGCAUGAUGACUCAGUUACAAUGGGUUAAUGCACACUACCCUAUAAUUACACUGAAGUAAUUUUUUAAGAUGAUAGUUGUAUUGUUAGUAAAGUAAUGUUAGAAUAAUGGGUUUAAUAAAAAAUAAUGAAAAGUAAAAAAACAUUGUGUUUUGUAACAUUUAUAGGUUUUUAAAAAAAAAGUAAAUAGCUUCUGAGGGCUAUAAGCUCAUACUAUUUAAAAACCAGUAUGAUUAGUUGUUUGUGUGUGGAUGGAUAAUUUAAACAAGUGACCUUGUUGUUGUUGAUAGACUGCAAGGUUAUUACUACACAUGUGUUGAUAUAAUCAUAACACUGAUUUUAAAUAAAGUUAAUUUUUCUCCA